UCAUUCGUUUCAAAAAUUGCGCUCAGACCAGAAAGAAAAGCAAAAAGUAAAGAAAUAAAAAGAGAAGAAAAAUUUACUUGUGAUUUUGAAAAUUCAAAUUGAUUUUGAUAAGUCAUCGAAUACGCAUAUACGCAAACGAGAGCAACUAAACACGCUGGAUUAAAGUGUUUUUUUGUUGGCCGUACACAAAGUGCAAAGAGAAUAAAAGUGAAAAAGUUCGUGAAAAAAACCAAACACACGCAACAAAACUCGCAAAACAAAACCAAACACGUAUCCCCAAUCUCAAUACCCAACUUAUCCAACCUCGCCCGUAACCGGUACGACCGUGUAAAAUCCGCCAAAAUUCUACUCAAGGAGCGUAAAGCAAUCAUCUCCAAAAUGAAGUCCCUGACGGCCGUCUGUCAAACAGGUGCCUCCGGCAUGCCGGGCAUCAGCCCCAAUGGACGCAUUGCGCGCCACCCACCGCACCGCGGCGACGGCGAGAACGCCGAGAUGAAGAUGUAUCUCUCCAAGCUGAAGGAUCUGGUGCCCUUCAUGCCCAAGAACCGCAAGCUCUCCAAGCUGGAGAUCAUCCAGCACGUGAUUGACUAUAUCUGCGACCUCCAAACGGAGCUGGAGACGCAUCCGGAGAUGAACAACUUCGAUGCGGCGGCUGCGCUGACCGCCGCAGCUAACAUGGAAGAUGACGACAGCGAGGAUGAGAUGCACCACAUGGACGACGACGAGGCCGAUUUGGCGGUCGAUGCCGAUGAUCUGCUCGCCCAGCGUCUGGCCGCCGAGCAGCAGCUGGCCAAAAUCUCUAGUCCCGCAGCCCGUCUCCCGCUCAGCGAUCGUCAGAGCCCCAACACGCUGUUGGCGCCCGGUCAGCCACAGCAACAGCAGCAGCAGCUACAACAGCAGCAGCAACAACUCACCAACAGUUUAGCAACGCAAGCGAACGAAGCAGCGGAGAAAGACAGCAGGCAGUCGUAAGCAGCAGGCUGACUAAACAGCGGCCAGAGGGAGAAGAACCUAUGGAACCUAUAAAAAAUUAUUAACUAAAUGCAUAAUCAGUACCGAUAUACCGAGUGUAAUUAUAGCCACAGUGCAAGUACAGUCAACGCCACUCGCAGCAACCUUCGUGUGAAGAGAUCUCCACA